GCCGCGUCCCAGCGCCAGCAAGGCCAGCCGCAGUAUGGCAACCCCGGCGCACCGAGUCCGCGACCGCAUACAGCAGGCGGGCCCGGUACGACACCAAGCCCGCGCGUACACUCCGGACCACUGCCUCCUGGGACCCCGGCGCCUGGUUCUGCCGCACCGACGCCAGGACCUGGUGGGCCGAUUCCUAUUCAGCCACGUCCGAUGUCUACUACUCCAGGCGGGGGCCCGAUGACAAGGCCGGGGACGAGCGCCGGGAUGCACGCCGCGUAUAUGCAGGCGCAGGCGAAUCAGGCUCAAGGCCAGGAAGGGAUGAAAGUGCCGAGUCGACCUACCACGGCGUCUGGAUUCGCGCAGCCUCACCAGCAAGGAGGACAGAACGCGGCGAUGCUAGGGCCGAGUGGAGGGCAGCAGGCGGCGAAGAGCCCGAGUGGUUACCCGCCGAUUGCGCCUGCACCGACUGCGCCAGGUAGCCCGGUGCGCGGGGCGAAGAGGAAGGUCGGAGGGACGCCUGUACCUGGAGGACAGCCCGGUCAGCAGCAUGGACAAGGACCUCAAGCACAGCAGCAACAACAACUCGGUCAACCGCACUCUCAACAGUACGUCCAGCAAGCUCAGAUGCAACACCAGCAAGAGAACUUGUCGGCUCCCGUUCCUCCUCAAACGCCUCGUCUCUCGAUGUCUACGGCGAGCAUGCCUAACGCUGGUGCGAGCGCAAAUGGAACACCGACCUCUGCCGGUCCUCAGACCGGUCUCACUGGCAUGGGCAUCGCCGGGAAUGUGGGGCAGAGUACUUCGUCCUCCAACGCGUUGAUGAACAUGGGCAUGGGCCUCAUGGGCGGCGCGGGCGGAGGCAUGAUGGGCCCGCCUGUCUUGCCGAGGACCGCUAGCCAAGCUGGAGAGAUGGGCAUGAGCAUCGGUGUGAACGGUCGCCAGAUGAGCGGCGGUCCUAUGGCCGGCGCGAUGGGCAGGGCUUCACCUAUCCAGACGAUGAACGCGGGUGUGGGUCUUGGCGUUAGCAUGGACAUGGCUACGCCACAGACCCCAGUGCGGCAGGGCUCGCAGCCGCCUGCGCCGGUGACCUCUCCUUUCGCUCACACCGGGACCCCCGCUGCGAAUGCCGGAGCAGGAGGGAUGUUUGACGCGCCCGGUCUGGAACGCAAGCCCAGUGUUCAGGAGGGCGCUGGCGCAUCGACAGCCGACAGCACGCACUCUCGAUCUGUAUCGAACGGGGCGCCGGCAUCUACACCUGCGACGAACGGUGUCUCUGUGGCAGCGCCUCCGCCACCGACGAUCAUUCCGCAGCUACCUCCGCUCAACGUGCAGCUCAACCCGAAGAUCUCGCGAGUCGCGAUUGUACCCCUUGUCGAAUCGGCGACCAAGAUACCGCCGCUGACGCCAGAGGAGAUCGCGAACGUCAAGAAAUGGAUGGAGGUCGACAAGGAGUACGACGGACGGUACAAGGCGAUGAAGGAGAAAAUGACAGUGGAGAUGCGGGAGACUGUCGGCAAGCCCAAGGCAUGGUGGGAGAAAGACUCGGUCAUGGAGGAAGGGCGGGUGCCUAUGCCGUCUCAUAGAGGUCCGGGCACGAAGAGGCCGGAGAAGUGGAGCCUUACAGGCCUGAAACAAAGCAAGGAGAAGGAAAUCAAGGACAAGAAGCGAGCCGGUAAGAGGGAAGGUUUCAAGCCACCGAGGAGGCUGAAGCCGGAAGACGCGAAUCGCCCGGAGCAACUCGUGCCCAUUCGCCUUGAGUUCGAUGUUGACCACCACAAGAUGCGGGAUACAUUUGUGUGGAACUUGAAUGAUCCCGUGAUUACUCCUGAGAUCUUCGCCCAGUCCGUCGUAGAAGAUUAUAAUCUACCACCUAGCUAUCACUCAGUCAUUACGAAGGUCAUUCAAGACCAGCUCAGUGACUACAAGGCUCACUCUGCUACCUUUGGCGAGGACGGAGUAUUCGUUUCAUCCGACACGGAAGACAUCCAGAGCGGGGCUUUCGACGAUGAAGAAGCCGAAUGGUGGGAAUCGUGGAGGAAGACCGUCCGGUCGCCAACGUUCCACAAACGGGCUAUUGGACUUGCAGACAUACGCAGUCGCAAACGUCGGAAGCUCGUCAAGGAAGAGGUCGUAGAUACGCCCACUCUGGCGACCGUGUCAAGUACAGAGGUCCCGAUGUCCGUGGAUGACUUCGACGAAGACGAAGACUCUAUGCAGGAGGAAUUACGGAUACUGAUCAAGCUGGAUGUCGUCGUCGGCUCUGUGAAGCUGGAAGAUCAAUUCGAGUGGAAUCUAGAGAAUGGUGAUCCCACACCCGAGCAAUUCGCGGACAUCUACUGCCGCGACCUUGGCUUGGGCGGUGAAUUCAAAACCGCCAUCGCGCAUGCGAUACGCGAGCAAGUGCAGAUUUAUCAGAAGUCCUUGUUCCUGGUUGGUCAUCCGUCAGAUGGUUCUGCGGUUCAGGACGACGACCUUCGCAUGUCUCUACUGCCAUCCCUCACCACUGGCGCGCGUGCAAUUGACCAAGUCUCUGCGUUCACUCCCAUCCUCAACUAUCUCAGCGACAGCGAAAUCGAACGCAACGAGAAGGAACGCGAGAAGGAACUCAAUCGUCGCAGAAGGAAGACUACGAGGGGAAGGCGAGGAGUUGCUCUGCCAGACCGCGAACCUCCGAAGACGUUCCGUACCCCUGCGAUCGGCUUCCCGGAAGUCGACGCAGCGACGCUGGCAGCAGUCACAGCGGCAGCAGCGCCUACGUCGAGACGUGCAGCCGCAGCCGCAGCUUCGCAUAAUAUCGCGAACAUGAUCGCCUCGGAGAAUGGCACAGUUGUACUGCCGUCCGCCCAGCCUACCCCGCUCGCCCCUAUCGCUCACAGCGCACCCAAGGAGAAGAAACCGAAGGGUCUCUUCAAAGCGCCCUCUUUCCCGUCCAGCGUCCUUCGCCCUCGGGUCAACCUCCGUGGGGCAAUCACUUCGACUGCCGCGGACCCGUCAACAUUCCCGCCUCCCAUUGAGGGCGACCAACCGUUGCCGAGCAGUAGUGCAGGAGCAGACAGCAAGGGUGCUAGAGUGGUCUUGUCGGCGAAGCGGACGAAGGAACUCGAGCGGGAGGCCAAGGAGAAAGAGUACGCUGACGGGCAACAUGCGAAUAUGAUCAACGGCGUGUGGCAUUGCUCGAACUGUGGCUGCCCUGAGAGCAUCGCUGUGGGAAGGAGAAAAGGUCCACUUGGAGAUAAGUCUCAGUGCGGCACAUGUGGGAAAUUCUGGCAUAGACAUCGUCGACCCCGCCCGGUCGAGUACAACGCGGACGAAGAGUACCAUCGCAACCUCCUCAGGGAAGCAGAGCAGGCCCGUAUUGCAGCCAAGCGACGCCGUCCCCCACCUUCUCAGGUCGACGACCAGUCCUCGAAGGCCGCGCCCGAGGACGGCGACGCAGAACCCGAGACCCCUAAGAUGCCACAGAGCGAGGUCCCUGCGGAGCCUCAAUCGUCUCACUCUGCAGCAAGGGCGAUGUCCCCGAUGUCAACCGCAUCGAGCGCGUCGGAGUCGCCGCUUGCCCAGCGCGUGACCAGAUCAACUGGGGCAGCGUCGGCGCCUCCGGAGCCUUGUGUAUCAGAGAGUAACGGCGACGCGGAGACGACCGCUGCUGCACCACCUACGGGCUCACCACCCCAGCCGCCGCCAUCUGCACCGCCGAGCACGAGCACAAACGUGAGGACGACGAUGCCGGAGUGGCUUUCGCGUGCUAUGCAGGAGAUACAGGGGAGGUAUCCGGACGACAGGUUCGAGGUGACGGCUCGCAAGCCAAUGGCCCCAAAUGCUACAGCACCGGAAUGGCGUCUCAAGUGCCUAGACUGCCCCGGAAAGUUGUAUACCCCUGGACCGGGAGAGACGCUCCAAAACUACGAUGUCCAUCUGCGCAACCGUCAGCACCGUCAAAAGGUCAUCGCGCGCGUUGAGGCUGCGCGAGCGACGACAUCAUAAGCCUCGAACAUUGUAUACCAUCGACCGUCUCCUGCCCGUCUUGAAUGCGCUGCUGUUCGAACCUGUUGUUAUCGAGUUAUACAUCGUCAGUGUACUAUGUGUGCUUAGGUAUUUAUCGACGCCGAGAGCCCUUGUAGAGUAACAUUAAUGAAUUCUCCGAUUAUCAUUGAA